CUAAGCGAAGAGCAUCUCUGUCUUCUUCUUUUCACUGCGGCGGAGGCAGCAGGAGUGUUGUGCACUAAGAAAGGAUAUUUUAGCCUUUUUGAUAUUAAUAUGGUGUGCACUUAACAAUGAUGGGGUGCAAGAAGCACAAACCAUGUGCGAAUUCUGAAGUGGACGCAUUGUGUUUGGGCAAGCCCAAUCAAAUCCAAUUUCAUUGUUAACAAAAACCUAGUUUCACCGAGACAAGUAGUGGCGGCAAACUCCAUUAUUAUCGUUGUCACUUUCAUCCAAAUUCCAAAACCCAGACAAGGCUUAAAAGAAGAGAGCACCCUCGUUUCUCCUCCACCCACGUCGCUGGCCAAGAAACACGAAGGCAGAGUGCAGGCCAUUCACGGCGUCUCCUUUCUCCUCCACCGUGACAUCCACCACGUCGCUGGCAGGGGCAGCAGCGCCACCAUCGGACUGCGAUUGACGAACGAUUUCGACAGCCACGACCACCACGAACACAGGAUUUGAGGUGCGGGAAGAGAUAAGAGCAUGAGUGCAUGAGUGAGGGCACGAAAGGAGGGAGCUUUUGGCUACAGAAAAUCGUUUAUUAAGCCGAGUUUCUUUCAAAAAUGGAGCAGAGUCUCUGUUUGAUGGCAUCUCAUGGUUACCCAACUGGCCUUGUCUUACACCCAUAACUGGGUUUGCCGGGCACCAACAUGAAGGGCUACCAAAUAUCCUUUCCUUCUCCAGUACCUGCAAAAAACCAGACCAGACAGACCCCCGCGAAGCAACCCACCGUCGACGAGAACGCAACUUCAAGAAAGGGUUCAGUCUAAGAAGGGUUUGAAAUCCACGCGAGAGACGAAAGGUUAAAGAAACUGGGGAUUUAGGGUUCUUCGAAACCCUUGAGAAUCAGAUUUGGGGAUUAUCUUGAUUAGGGCUGCCAACGUUUGGUGACUUCAAAUUCGAAAUAGACAACCUAAAAAAUACGUUGUUUUUUGGUUGAUUCUAAACAAAGCAUUCAUUCAUCUACGAUCUACGAUCACAGAACUAAUGCAGUCUCUCAAGUCACACCAUGCUGUUUCAUCUUCUCUUUUCAAUCAAUUCUCUUAUCAGUCUAUGACAUUCUUCCUCUCUUUCUCAACCAAAAGCCGUUGCCUACACUUCAACGAAACCACUUCAAUAAUUGAUUACCUGAAUUCCGACUUGCAGUUCUCCAGAACCCAAUCCCUUUAUGUCUCCAAACGUGUUUCAGGGUGCAGAUUCCCUCAAAACCCCUUAUCAGUGCUCACUUUCUUCAAACAAAUAGGCUUUUCCCAAAGCCAGAUUCUCUCCCUGAUUCGUCAAAGACCCCAGAUACUGUUUACAAACGUUGAGAAAAUCUUGAGACCCAAAAUUCAGCUCUUUCAGAUGUCUGGAUUCCAGGGUUACGAGUUAUGCAGCUUCAUUUCAAAGAAUCCCUCAAUUUUGACUCAUAGCUUGAAGAAAACAUUGGUCCCCUCAGUUGAAGCUAUUAGGAAAAUUGUCUACGACCAGAAAGAUUUUAUUCUUGUUUUGCACAGAUGUGGCUGGAUACUCCCAAAGUACAAAAGAAUUAUGGAGAAUGUCGUCUUCUUGGAGAGUUGUGGCAUUCUUGGGACUCAUCUUUCAUUGCUACUCAAACUUCAUCCAAGGCUUUUCGUUGCACAGCGGUCUACUAUUAAAAACAAUGUUUCUCGAGCUGUAGACUUGGGUUUCCGUGAAAAUUCAAGAAUGCUUGUCCAUGCAAUUCAUACAUUAAGUUGUUUGAGCGAUAAAACAUUUGAGAGAAAGUUGAAACUAAUUAAUUGUUUUGGUUUUUCGAAGUAUGAGGGCCUGCAAAUGUUCAAGAGAACCCCGACUUUGUUUAGAACAUCAGAGAAGAAGUUGAAAGUUGGAAUGAAAUUCUUCUUGCAUACAGUUAUGCUGCCCAAGUUAGUCCUUAUUCACCAGCCUAAGAUUUUAAUGUACAGCAUGGAGGAUCGCGUGCUUCCUCGAUAUAAAGUCUUCCAAUUGUUGAAAUCAAAAAAUCUCUGCAAGAAAGUCCCCAGUUAUAUUCAUGUGUUGUGCUUGUCUGAGGAGAUGUUCUUGGACAAGUAUAUAUCACAGUUCAGAGAAAAUGCAGAGGAGUUAUUAGUAGCAUACAAGGGUCAUUAUCUGGAGGCAUAACCAUACCUUCAAUUCUGUUUUUUCACUCUUCCACAGGGUUCUAAUACUGAAAUUAUUUAGAUAGUGUUAUGCAUAACCAUGGAAUGUCUCAUUGUAGUAAUGAAGAUGGCUUAUUUAUUGUAUCUGUUUAUUGAUUAUGCAUCUUUCUUUCCCAUGGUAAUUUGGUGGUCAUAAGAACCUUGGAAGAUCCACACGAAAAUAAGCAAUCCACUUUGACUGCUCCUUUAAAGAGCAAACUGCUCAAACGCAGUCCUUUUUGGCUUUGGAAUUGUUGAACAAUGCACUAAGCGUGAUAAAAUUAUAAAUUUGCUAAUGUCUGAGACUGCUGAAGCAGGGAUAGAUGGAGCAAAUCUAUCUUUGUUAUCGAAGUUGAUGAAAUUGCAGUUGCCAGGCACUAGUGAAUCUCAGCAACCAUUGUCAUCCCUUAUCUAUCCAACUAAUAAAUUCAUCAUUCAGAAGCCUUUACUGCAUUUUGUUCAAGCUUCAGCCCUUUCUUCUAAGAUCACGGUUCAUCCAGAUGGUCAAAUCACAUUUAUGGGUACUGCAAUUGAGUUGAAAGAUCUUGUCUCUGUAGUUGCUGAGUCAUACUUAUCAAAAAACACACAAAAGGGUGAAAAGCAAUUUAUGCUUGUUCCACACUUCAAUUGGUAUAAAUAUUUUGACCAUAUUGACUUGUUUAAACAGAU